AUGAUGGCCGAGCAGCAAGAGUUUCGCUUGCACGUUGGUGGCCUUGGUGCAACAGUGAAGACCUCUCAAGACCUCCGGAACCGAUUUUCACCAUUCGGAACCGUCGUCAAGGUGGAUGGAGUGGCCAAGCUGGAUGUCAAUGGCUCUCCUUUAUGA